UUCCUUUUGCAAUUUAUCAAUAACUUGCCGGCCAACGCCUCAUCGAGCAUGAUAUAUAACAUCUCAAUGGAAACGAAUUGCACACAGUUAGAAGGUAAUAAAGCUCACUUCGUAAAUGAGGAGGAAUGCGAUUCGGUUUAUACGCCACCUUCGCAACGUUCCGAAACCUACGUGAUAGCUGUAAUAUUUAUAUUGAUUAUAAUAGUGGGCGUUCUCGGUAAUGGUACGCUUAUUAUAAUAUUCUUUAGACAUCGUUCUAUGCGAAACGUACCGAACACCUAUAUUUUAUCAUUGGCUAUAGCCGAUCUUUUGGUAAUUGUUGUUUGCGUACCUUUGGCUACCACCGUCUACACAUACGAGACAUGGUCCUUUGGACGAACCCUAUGCCAGGUUACCGAAUUUUUCAAAGAUGUUUCAAUAGGUGUAUCGGUAUUUACUCUUACCGCCUUGUCCGGGGAACGAUAUUGCGCUGUAGUCAAUCCGCUGCGUAAAUUACAGACUAAGCCAUUGACCGUAAUGACAGCGGUUAUGAUUUGGAUAUUGAGCAUUCUGUGUGCUACGCCGCCGCUAAUAGUAAGCGAUUUGCAAGUCUACGAAAUUCAACCCAACCUAAGCAUAUACGUUUGUUCGCCUUUUGGUAGUGAACGUGAAAAUCUAGAAAUUUACACCAGAUUUAUGGUUGUGACGAAAGCAAUUAUAUAUUAUUUGCUGCCAUUGCUUAUCAUUGGUACUCUUUAUUUGCUGAUGGCGAAACGUUUGCAUAUGAGCACACGUGAACUACCCGGCGAAACGUUAACCACACAAUCUCGCUCACAAAUGCGUUCUCGACGCUAUCUGGCAAGAAUGGUGAUUUGGUUUGUUAUAGUGUUUUUCAUUUGUUUCUUUCCUUAUCAUUUAUUCGAGUUGUGGUUCUAUUUUAAUCCCACGGCAACGGACGAUUUUGACGACUUUUGGCAUAUUGUCAGAAUAACAGGAUUUUGUACAUCUUUUCUCAAUUCCUGCAUUAAUCCGGUGACCUUAUAUUGGAUUUCGGGAACUUUUCGAGCUCAUUUCAAUCGGUAUCUGUGUUGUCGUUGUACCAAACGUCAAUUGGUACAUACGAGACAACACUCUACAACAACUGGCGUUAUGAAUAUGUCGUCUCUACGACAUCACUCCACCACCAGCAGCAGUUAUCAUAAGCGUAUCUCUUUGCAUGCGAAUAGUACACAAUUGAAUGUAUCGAAUGGAAGGCACGAAGAAGAGGGAGAAUAUAAUGCUAAUGGAGCACAUAAUAGUAGAAUGAGAUGAGACUCACAAUCUGUGGCCUUGUAGGUCAAUGAAAUUUUGUAAAAGGAGAACGACAAAUCGAAAGUCUAACGCACAUAUAUAUAUGAAUUAACGAUAGACUGACAACCUAUGCAAACAGAAUGUUAAAUAAGAUGUACAUAUGUACACUAGGUUUAUAAACACUCAAGCAUGUAAUGAAUAGUGCAAUAGUAUGUCUGCUUAAUUUACAGUGCUUUAGAGAAUUAUAACCGCAUUGAAGAGUUUACUUAGCCUGUUGCCUGCAUGGCUAAAUCAAGUUUACUCAGCAAACCUCAAAACAUUACUCUUUCUCAUCCCAUUUGAAAUUGCCAAUAAUAUCAUCUGAUUGCAAUUAUGUUUCAAAGUAACAGGCUUGUCUGUCUGGCUGAGAGAAAAUUAAAAUCAUAUCGUUUGCCUGAAAUUGUUAUAUCAGCAAUUUUUAAAUCAUUUAAAACUCUAUCCUCCCAGUCGUUUAAAUGUAAACAUAUUGUGUUAGAUUAACCAGAGGAUAAUAUGGACAUUCUGUUGCUCGUUCUAUAUCGUUGAUAUUAUUGUGUUAAUUAUACAUACAUGGUAGGGUAAGCCCGAAUGCAAUUUAAGUAAAGUUAGGUAAAAGAAAAAAAAAAAAAACCCCGAGCUUUGCAAUCUCUAGACAAAAUUACGGAAAAUUAA